AAGCACUACAAAAAGAACUGCAGGCUUGAACGUCUCCUCACCAUGUCCGCAAUGGCUUCCUCCGCGCCCAUUCUCCUCUUCGCCUCCCUCCUCUUCCUCUUCUCCAUCUCCUCGGCCCAACGGCCCCACGCCCUCGUCGCCCCGGUCGCCAAGGAUGCCGCCACCCUCCAGUACGUGACCCGCGUCAGCCAGAGAACCCCUCUUGUGCUCCUCAAGCUCGUCGUCGACCUCGGCGGUCGCUUCCUCUGGGUCGACUGCGACAACGGCUACACCUCGUCCACAUACCGCCCCGUCCGAUGCCGCUCGGCCCAGUGCUCCCUUGCCAUGGCCAACGGGUGCGGCGACUGCUUCUCCGCCCCCCGGCCCGGGUGCAACAACAACACCUGCGGCGUCUCCCCUGAGAACCCCUUCAUCCGAACAAGCACCGGCGGCGAGCUCGCCGAGGACGUCCUCUCCCUCCCAUCCACCGAUGGGUCCAACCCUGGCCCUCUUGCCGUCGAUCCCAGCUUCCUCUUUUCAUGCGCGCCCACGUCCCUCGUCGAAGGCCUUGCGAGCGGCGCCACCGGCAUGGCGGGCCUCGGCCGGACUAAAAUUGGUCUACCGACGCAGCUCGCUGCAACGUUCAGCUUCCAUCGGAAGUUCGCGCUGUGUCUCUCAUCUUCGACAUCGUCGGACGGUGUCAUAUUCUUCGGCGACGGACCCUACAACUUGCUCCCGAAUGUGGAUGCUUCGCAAUCUCUUAUCUACACUCAUCUCAUCAUCAAUCCUGUAAGCACCGCCGGAACUUCUGUAGCAGGAGAGAAGUCGGCCGAGUACUUCAUCGGAGUAAAAUCAAUCAAGAUAAACGAAAAAACGGUGCCUAUCAACACUACAUUGCUCUCCAUCGAUAGAAACGGCGUCGGUGGAACCAAGAUCAGCACGGUCACUCCAUACACCACCCUCGAGACCUCCAUCUACAAGGCGGUGGCAUCGGCGUUCGAAGAGUCGUUGGCUAACAUCACCAGGGCCGCGGCGGUGUCGCCAUUCACCGUGUGCUUCAAUUCGAAGGAAAUCGGGAGCACGAGAGUCGGGCCGGCGGUGCCGUCCAUCGACCUUGUGCUGGAGAGCGAGAGUGUGUUCUGGAGGAUCUUUGGCUCCAACUCGAUGGUGCAGGUGAAUGACGACGUUCUUUGCCUGGGGUUCGUGGACGGCGGCGCGAACCCGAGGACAUCGGUGGUGAUCGGAGGGCAUCAGCUGGAGGACAACCUGCUGCAGUUCGACCUGGCAACGUCGCGGUUGGGGUUCAGCUCGUCGCUGCUCUUCCGGCAGACCACCUGCGCCAACUUCAACUUCACGUCCAAUGCCUAGUGACCCAGCGACGGAUAUAUACGUGCUCUUAUAUAUGACCUAUUCCCUUGUUUUAUUGUGGAUCGUUGGAAUAAACCUAUGCAGGCCUUUGAGAAACUCCAAUUCUUGUGGUAAUGGAUAUAGUUUUAUAGAAUAAAAUGAGACAAAGUAAGUGCUGAACGAUUAGGAAGUUGUCUUUGUAAGAGAUCCCCACAACUAUUAUUUGUCGGCAGAAAUAUACAUUAAAUAUAUUGAUCUAAA